GGGUUGCCGCCACCGCGCGUGCGGAUUGGCUGUGCGGGCCGCGCGGGGUCACGUGGGCUGCGAAGGGCGGGAAGCGGCGACGGAGUCCGGACACCGAGGAGGGAGCGCGGCGAGAAAUGGCGGGAAGAGGCGGCGGCGGCGACUACGCCGAGGAGCGCGAGAAGGCGAAGAGCUUCCUGCAGGGCUUCAGCAGCAGCGGCGGAGGCGGAGGCGACGCGGCCCGCAAGAAGCAGCAGCAGCCGCCGCAGGAGGAGUCGAGCUUCUCCUACCGCCGGAGCUUGGGAGCCCUGGCCCACCGGGAGCAGGUGGCCUUGUAUGUGGACCUGGACGAUGUGGCUGAGGAGGACCCCGAGCUGGUGGACGCCGUGUGCGAGAACGCCAAGCGCUACGAGCAGGUCUUCGCCGAUGCCGUCUGGGAGCUGCUGCCCCAGUUCCGGCAGCGGGAGGUGGCCCACAAGGACGCCCUGGACGUCUACAUUGAACACCGCCUUCUCCUGGAGGGACGUGGCCAGGAACCCGGCCAGCUCCGAGACCCCCAGAAUCAGUUCCCGCCAGAACUCCUGCGCCGAUUCGAGCUGUACUUCAAAGCCCCUUCGAGUGCCAAGGCCCGAGUGAUCCGGGAGGUGAAGGCCGAUGCCAUUGGGAAGCUGGUGACUGUACGGGGCAUUGUCACCCGUGUCUCUGAGGUGAAACCUCGCAUGGUGGUGGCCACCUACAGCUGUGACCAGUGCGGGGCAGAGACCUACCAGCCGAUCCAGUCUCCCACCUUCACGCCUUUGUUGAUGUGUCCAAGCCGGGACUGCCAGACCAACCGAGCUGGCGGCCGCCUCUACCUGCAGAGCCGCGGAUCCAAGUUCACCAAGUACCAGGAACUCAAGAUACAGGAGCACAGUGACCAGGUGCCGGUGGGGAAUUUGCCCCGCUCCAUCAGUGUGAGCCUCCAAGGAGAGAACACGCGCCUUGUGCAGCCGGGCGAUCAUGUCAGCGUCACCGGGGUCUUCCUCCCAGUGCGGCAGGCUGGCUUCCGGCAACUCCUGCAGGGCCUUCUCUCUGACACCUACCUGGAGGCCCAUCACAUUGUCUGCAUGAGCAAGAGCGAGCAAGAGGAGCUGGGAGAAGGGGAGCUCACCGAGGAGGAGCUGCGCCAGAUUACAGAAGAGGACUUCUAUGACAAGCUGGCAGCCUCCAUUGCCCCAGAGAUCUACGGCCAUGAAGAUGUCAAGAAGGCCCUCCUGCUUCUGCUGGUGGGGGGGGUGGACCAGAACCCACAGGGCAUGAAGAUACGAGGGAACAUCAAUAUUUGCCUCAUGGGGGACCCUGGGGUGGCCAAGUCCCAGCUGCUUUCGUACAUCACUCGCCUGGCACCACGCAGCCAGUACACCACAGGGCGUGGCUCCUCCGGUGUGGGGCUGACGGCUGCUGUGCUGCGUGACCCCCUGACGGGGGAGCUUACCUUGGAGGGGGGCGCUCUGGUGCUGGCCGACCAGGGCGUCUGCUGCAUUGACGAGUUUGACAAGAUGCUGGAGUCGGACCGCACCGCCAUCCACGAGGUGAUGGAGCAGCAGACCCUCUCCAUCGCCAAGGCUGGCAUCCUGACCACACUCAACGCCCGCUGUGCCAUCCUGGCAGCUGCCAAUCCGGCUUACGGGCGCUACAACCCCAAGCGCAGCCUGGAGCAGAAUAUCCAGCUCCCUGCCGCCCUGCUCUCCCGUUUCGACUUGCUCUGGCUGAUCCAGGACCGUCCUGAUCGUGACAAUGAUCUUCGCCUGGCCCAGCACAUCACCUACGUGCACCAGCACAGCCGGCAGCCGCCCUGCCAGUUCCAACAACUUGACAUGGGACUCAUGAGGCGAUACAUCGCCAUGUGCAAGCGGAAGCAGCCAGCCGUGCCAGAAUCGCUGGCAGAUUAUAUCACAGCUGCCUACGUGGAGAUGCGGAAGGAGGCCUGGGCCAACAAGGACACCACGUACACCUCAGCCCGCACCCUGCUGGGGAUCCUCCGUCUGGCUACUGCCCUGGCACGACUGAGGCGUGUGGAUGUGGUUGAGAAGGAGGAUGUGAACGAGGCCAUGCGCCUCAUGGAGAUGUCCAAAGACACCCUUCUGGCAGACAAGGGACAAACGGGCCGGGCACAGCGGCCAUCUGACCUGAUCUUUGCAGCCAUCAGAGAACUGGUUCCCGCUGGCGGGACACGGUCUGUCCGCCUGGCUGAAGCGGAGCAGCGCUGCCUCUCGAAAGGCUUCACUCCAGCCCAGGUCCAGGCUGCUCUCAGUGAGUAUGAGGAACUCAACGUCUGGCAAGUGAACCAGCAGAAGACCCGGCUCACUUUGGUCUGAGGGAGGAGGCGGAGGCGGCCCUUUGGUGGCAUUCCUCCCGGGGGCUCCUGCUGCCUGCCAGGGCUUGCUUCAUGGUGUCGCGACAACUCCCAGCAUCCUCGGCUGCCGUGGCUGGCAGCUGUAGUCCGCUGAUCUGGGACCAUGGCCAGCUGCUGCCACUCUUUUAGACACAAAUCUGUUUUCUCCCUAAUAAAGUGCUUCAUGGGG